AUGAGGGCAUGGGCUCUUAUUGCCGCGGCGACUGCUGAAGUCUCUGCUGUGGCAGGUCUUGCCACUCUACGGGGCGUCUGGAUGAAAGAAAUCAAUGGUGGAACCACCGUCCAUUUAGGAUUAGCAGCAAGCCUCCACGCUCUUCUACAAGUUUUUGGGGCAGCACUACUUCCUGUGAUUAUGCUGAGGUCAAGCUUUACGACCGCAACACGACUUUUUCUCUUUCUGCAUGCCUCGUUCCUCCUUAUUCUUGCCUCGUGUGUCGGCACUGAUUUGCCCUCGUUCUACCUGACCCAUGCCUUGACUGGCCUAGUAUCCUGCGCGGCCGAGACCUUGCUGAACUGGACCUUACUCACAUCUCGAGACCCCAAUGAGCAACUCGAAGAUUUUGCGAACUUUCACAAGGUGUAUGAUGUCGGAACCCUCCUCGGUGCUGGCGUCUGUGCUACUGUUUUCAUUACCUACGAGUUGUGGGUAUACAACAUGACCGGCACGGGGACGGCGAAUUGUUCUUCACAACUGGGAAUCCGAGCCGUCUUGGGGGUCCAUGGGAUUAUUAUGAUGCUCAGCUUCAUCGGUCAGUUCAGCGCUCCUGUUCCUUCAAUACGAGGGUACACAUAUGAAGACCUGAUGGACGCGCUUAAUCUCAGCAAGAACUUGGAAGAGAAGGCCGCAACAGAAGACGAAAUCGAGAAGACCAACGAGCAAGAAAAGAGGCGGGUUUCGCUUCAUGCAGGCAUGCCGAUUCUGAAAGUCGAAGACGGCAAGACGAUUGCACGGCAUCCCACUGGAAGAUUCCAGCCACAGCCGACAACCUCCGGAGUCAGACCCGUCGCAGACCGGACCAUCUUUGACCGAGACAACGAGGAUGAAUACGAUUAUACUGACAGCUAUGGGGAAGAUGAUGACAGUCUCGACGACAACCGUUACUUCUCCUCGAGUACUGACGGCCUCAGCCAGGCAUCUGUCCGUUCGGACCCAGUUUCAAUGGGGUCGUCAGACCACACAAGCUGCCAUUCUUCCUGGACUCCCCGAGAGUGUGCAGUCAAUGCCACCAAAUUCGAUGCGGGCCAAGAACGAAUGCACUGUCCGGCAGCAGAAGCUUGCUCUCUCCCAUUGGCGUCUUCGCCGGUAACCGAAGAUGUUGAACUUGUCUAUGAUUACUCGCGCGACUACACAGAAAAUAAUAUCCCGAAGACAGACACGGCUGAAGGCGUCGGGCCCAUCGAAGCAGUCCUGGUGCUUCCACCGAGUUACAAGGAGAUCAUGAAACAGACAGCAAAUACCAGGAAAUUGUCCGAUCGACUCGACAUGAAACUUAAACGCGAGAAAAGAAAUAGACUUGGACCACCGGUUUGUUUUCGACGUAAUGGGCCAUCGCUGGUCUCCGGUUUAACGAUCAGCAAAUACGGUGGACUCAAGCAAGCGCCUCUGGAGUUCAAAGCUCAUGAUGAGAAACGAAAAGAACGGGCGGAAAUUCGCGGAGGAAAGGACCUCCACCUGUUUUACUACAGUUUCUCCGCAAACGCGCAUAUUUGCUUCACCACCAAAGAGGUGACGGAAAGAGUUGGAAACAUCUGGAUAGAGAGACACAUGAUCACCAUACCACAGCUGGAUUUCUUGCCCCUCAAGUCGUACAACAAAGAGAUGUUGACGGAUGACGCUCUCAAGAGUUCUGUCGCAGUCGUCCGAGAAACAAGGGCCGCUCUCUCGGAUGCUUCGUCGUUUCUUUCCUCCUUUCCUCAUCUUCUCGAAUCUCUUUUCGGCAUAGUUCACAAGAUCGGAGUGCUUUUCGCCAUGGGCUUCACCACAGACAGAGCCACUGUCGUCACGCUGAUGCUGAUUUGCUGUGGUGGGGCUGGCAUGUCCAUGCCGGCGGGCGUGAAGGCUGGAACCAAGAUGGUGCCCGUGAUGAUGCAGCUUCAGCAAUUCGAUAGCCAGCUGUGUUCGGCUCAUAUUGUGAGGAUUCUGUCUCCCACGAUCACAGGAUGCUUGUACCAUUGGGAUAGAACUGCCCCGUUUAUCGUCUCGGGGACCAUUAGUGAGUUGACUUAG